AUCUCGCCGUCUUCGGCGUCGCCGAACAUGUCGCCGACAGAGGACGCGCCACGACGAUCUUGGUCGGAGCUCUCGACGGACCUCGCCGGUGAGAUCUUCGGUCGCAUCCUGUGCCACGGCGACCGCGUCCGCUUCGGCGCCGUCUGCCGCCAGUGGCGUAUCAGCGCGCGGCGGAACCCACUGCCCCGGCAAUUCCUGCUCGCGUUGCCCGACCGGACCUUCUACAGCCUGCCAAACUCCGCCUUCCGGCGGCUGCCGCUCCAUCUCCACCGCCACCAGCAGCUGCCGCACGCCCAGAGCUCCUGCGGCGAGUGGCUCGUCUUCCAGCGCCGCGACGGCGCGUACACGCUGGUGAGCCCGUUCUCCACGGCCAACACCAUGGUGCUCCCCAGGAUGCCCACCGACCCACCGGUCACCCACGACACGCCGCCGCCGCUGCAGAAGCUCGUCGUGUGUUCGCCUACCCUCGUCGCUGCUGUCGUCGGCAAGAGGCCGAGCCAGCUGUUGCUGUGCCGGCCGGGGUCAGCCUCGUGGUCGUGCAGGCAUGACAGAUUGCAAGCACUCGAGAUCCAAGACAUGGUCUCCUACCAAGGAAAGCUCCACGCCCUCGUCAACAGCGGAGACCUCCUCUCCAUCUCCAUCAGCGAGGACGACGACGGCAGCCACGCCGGCGGCGAGCCGACCGUGUCCAGCGUCGAUUGCCUCGUCCGGAUAAGCCCCGGCCGCCGCACCGAGCCGCCGCUCUACCUGGUGGAGUCCGACGGCGCAUUGCUCAUGGUCCGCAAAGAGAAUCACAGCACGAGAGAGGGAUCAUACUCCGACGACGAACAAUCCAACGUCAUUUUGUAUCCCGACGACGACGAUUCCUACGUCCCUUUGUAUUCCGCCGAACAGAUAGAGUUGCAGACCAAGUUCGAGGUGUUCGCGGCGGACAUGGCGGGGUCGCGGUGGAGGAAGGUGAGGAGCGUCGGCGGCGACCGCGUGCCGUUCGUCGGGCGCUGGUGAUCCCGGUCUGUCCACGUCGUCCCCGACGUCCAUCAGGGCAAGGCACACAACAUUGGGGACCGCAUCUUCUUCUUGCAGGAUCGUGGCGCCGAUGGCUACGGCGGCCAGCAAUGGCGGACGGUGGAGUUCUUCUGCACCAUCUACGACAUGAGGGAACGCCGGUCGCAGCUGUUCCUCAAGACGCCAUUACGGCCAGUGGGUAGCUUGGGGACGUGGCUGUUCCCUCCCUCCGGCCGUACGUGCGGCCGGCAUGAGUGAACAUUGCUGAUGAUAGACCGUUGUGCCGCAUUUUGAGAGAUAAUUUUCUCCAAAUUAUUGUGUUCUGGGAUAUUUAGCUUGUUUUCGUGAAUAUACUUUUGUAUGUUGAUGAUUGCUAAUUUGUGGCGAUUCGGUUGCAGUCGGUGUGUUCUACUAUCAGCAGCACGCCUUUUUCUC